AUGGGGAAACCAGUCGAAGAGCUUGACAGCCUGCCGAGCGAUGGCAAGCCGUGGUGGAAGCAUGGCUACUUGGUGAAGCUCAACUUCAUCACCACGUCCAUGAUCCUGUUCUCGUCCGCCAACGGUUACGAUGGAGGUAUCAUGGGCGGUCUCCUCGCCCUGAACACAUGGAACACCUUCAUGGACUUUCCCACCGGCGCGUACCUUGGCUGGAUCGGCGCCAUCUACUGGCUCGGAAACGGCGUCGCCUUCCCCGUCGCCGCCUGGGUCUCCAACCGCUGGGGCCGCAAGCCCGGUAUCUACCUGGGCUACCUCUUCCUCAUCCUCGGCGUCGGCAUGCAGACGGCCGCCCAGAAUGAGAAGACCUUCACCAUCUCCCGUCUCUUCAUCGGAAUCGCCGCCUCCUGGCUCGGCAACGCCGCGCCGCUCCUGAUCAACGAGAUCGCCCACCCGAAGCAGCGCUCCAUCGCCAACGCCCUCUUCAUGGUUGGCUGGUACUUCGGCGGAACUUUGGUCGGCUGGAUCGUCUUCGCCUGCCGCGACAUCCCCUCCGAAUGGUCGUGGCGCAUCCCUGUCCUUCUGCAGAUCGUCCUCCCCUUCGUCGCGCUCCCCGGCUUCCUCAUGUCCCCCGAGAGUCCCCGCUGGCUCAUCAGCGUCGGCCGCGUCGAGGAGGCCACCGAGGUGCUCGCGAAGCACCACGCCGGCGGCGACCGAUCCAACCCCCUCGUCCAGUACCAGGUCGUCGAGAUCCAGGCCACGAUCAACGCCGAGAAGGAGGCUUCCGCCAGCGCGUCCUACGCCGACAUGGUCAAGACCCCUGGCAACCGCCGCAGACUCUUCAUCUCGAUCACCCUUGGUAUCUUCGCCCAGUGGGCUGGAAACGGCGUCGUUUCGUACUACCUGCCCCUCGUGCUCAACUCCGUCGGCGUCACCUCGACCACGAACCAGACUCUCAUUUCCGCCUGCCUGAACGUGUGGAACCUCCUCUGGGCCAUCGCCGCCGCGACCAACGUCGACCGCCUCGGACGCCGCUUCCUGUUCCUGACCUCCGCCAGCGUCAUGUUGACCAGUUUCAUCAUCGUCACCGGCCUCAGCGCCAAGUUCGCCGAAACCGCAUCGUCCAGCGUCGGCAUGGCUGUCAUCCCCUUCCUGUUCAUCUUCUUCGCCGGCUACGACAUCGCCAUGACUCCCUUCCUGACCGCCUACCCCUGCGAGAUCUGGCAAUACAGCCUGCGCUCCCGCGGCCUCACCGUGACCUGGUGCGCCAGCGUCGUCGCCAUCUUCAUCAACACCUUCGUCAACCCCAUCGCGCUCGAGGCCAUCGCUUGGAAGUACUACAUCGUCUUCAUCGUCGUGCUCUUCUGCCUGCUCAUCGUGUCCUACUUGUACUACCCCGAGACGCGCGGCCACACGCUCGAGCAGAUCGCAGUCAUCUUCGACGGCGACAGCGCCGCGGCACCCCCGCCGGCGGUGACGAGCGAGAAGAUGGAGGUCAUGGUUACGCAUGGCGACGAGUCGGAUAAGAGGCAGGAGUUCCAGAGUGAUGCGGAGCAUAGGGUUUAA